UGCAGAAGAGGGGGCGGGGAGCUGCCGCGGACAGCACAACGCAGAGCCAACCUACCUUCAUGCUUAUUGUGUAAAUCUUUAAAAAGCAAUUAGCCGCAGCAUCAUCUUAACCUUCCCGCACCGGCUCAUUAAAAUACAUAUUUCUGAACGGAGGAUUUUUUUCGCCAUUAGAGGCGCAGGAAAAGCACGCAGCCUGAACCAUGACUGACAGGAAAGCGGUGAUCAAGAACGCAGACAUGUCCGAGGACAUGCAGCAGGACGCCGUGGACUGUGCCACCCAGGCCAUGGAGAAGUACAACAUAGAGAAGGACAUUGCUGCCUACAUCAAGAAGGAGUUUGACAAGAAGUAUAAUCCAACCUGGCACUGCAUCGUUGGGAGGAACUUUGGCAGCUACGUCACUCACGAGACAAAGCAUUUUAUUUACUUUUACUUGGGCCAAGUGGCCAUUUUGCUCUUCAAGUCUGGCUGAGUUGCAGAUGGGUAUCGAGGAGUUUUUCUCCCUGAGCCUAAAUUGGAAAUGCACUGGUGGCUGAUGUCUCCCAUACACUUAUGACAUACCAUAACGAUGCAAAAUCUGCCGUGCGCUACUGCAUGGACUAUACACUUAUAUAAUAUGUAUGUUACAGUAAGUUUACUUUUCGAUAGUUGCCAUUUGAAUGCAACUGAGGUAGUUUUUGUUGAUUUUAGGUUGUGAAAGAUUUCAACGUGGCCCUUGAUUGUAUAAUAAAGGAAAGCUCUAGAAUGUGGUGGUUAAUCUGCUUUCCUUCAUAUGUGGCAUUGCCACACCCUGUAAUGAGAAACUCAUGUUUUAGAUAGUAAAAUUAAACCUUGUGCACGAUGUUUUAUCUUGAAAAUUUAAACCUGACCAAGGUGAAAAACCUCAUUUGGUGCAGGAAAUUUUCUUGCUCCAAGUGGUUUAUAGGAAAUUCGAUACAAAACCCCAUAUUUGUUUUUUAAUAUAAUUUAGAUAUUUGAUAAAACUAUCAGAAGGUGAAUAUUUAGCAGCCGCGUUCAGAAAAGAUGUCACAUUGUCGAACACACUUUUCACUCUGGAAGAGGCACAAGCGAGUGCAAGCAUUUCCAGAUAAGGCUAGUUUGUCAAAUCUUAAACUUUCACUGUGAAGGAUAGAGCAUUUAGGACUCGCACAAACAGACCUUAGCCUGUAAUGUCCGUGUUAUAAGACUACAGACUGGUUAGCAGAAUUCACCUACCUAGAUCUUAUUUAUGAUCAUUUGUUACUGCAUGUUUGGAGGUUACUGCACACAUUUUAUUUUACUGCUUCAAAUCUCAAAGUAAAUCUGUUCUUGGAGGCAAAUAAUUUGCAUUUUCAUCUUUGAGUCUUGAGUAUGUGGAUUUUGGGCAUCGCUGACAUGCGUCUUGUCCUAGUAAUUGCUAUAUAGCAGCAUUAGAUGAACUAAUGAGGUUACAUUUACCAAGGCUACUACCACCCUGUGUUUCAGAUGGUUGUGUUGUCUCAAGUGGCUUGUGAUAUCUUUUAAAGUUGCAGCAUUCUAAGUUCUAGUUUUAGCGGCCAGUGUCUUGCCAGACAAAGCGUUUUAAGUGUUGAUUCCUAAAAAAUAACAAAAUACCGGACAGGUUAAUCCGUUACCCUUUCUGUUACAACUUUUAGGUUUUUAGUUUUAUAAUAUCAGUAUAAUUAGUUUGAAAAAAGUCAAUGCACAACUUUUGAAUUGAGGAUUUUGGAUUGGACAGAUUGAAGGGUUUCAGUCCGUGGGGGCGGAUAACACAACACAUUUCUUGCUGUGCAUAAAGACUGAAUGUUUACUGAGUUAUUGUCUCCCAUUUGUCAGUUGUGGGUGAAAUGUUUAUCAAGUCUUAGCUUGGAUUGAUUUUCUUGUCAUGGGACGUCUUCCUAACUGUUGUCAAUGUAAACUUUAGCAAUGUUUUCCUCUGGCAUGUAUUCUUUGCGAUGUAUGUGUAGGAGCCGUUCCAAUGCUGUUAAAUUUGCACAAAACUUGUGCCUGUCAUUGCUCUCAACUUUAACUGGCUUGAGUACAAUUGCACUUCAUUAGAUUUAUCCAGUAGGUUGCUACAGAACCAAAACUGUAUAAACCGGAUAAAAUAAAAAAAAUCAUUGUUGACUUACUA